AUGUCAAUUGAGCGGUCUAAUUUGAGGUGGAAGCGUCCGGUUUGGUUAGGCUGGUUAAGCUCAAGCGACGGGAACUUAUUCGUAUUCGCUAACAACAAAGCCGUUUUGCUAGAUUAUGAUAAGAACAGUAUCGUUAAAACGUAUCCGAAGAUCCCUGGAGGCGAUCCGAGAAGCUAUCCGAGCACUGGCUCAGCUGUUCUUCUCCCCAUCAAGAGCCUUGAAGAAGAAGUUAUCGAGAUGGAGGUUCUGGUGUGCGGCGGUGCACCGAAAGGAUCGUACCUCCUCGCUUUAUAUAAAAACACUUUCGUCAAAGCUCUUGACACGUGUGCGAGAAUCAAGAUCAAUGAUGAUGAUCCCAAAUGGGUUCUCGAGAAGAUGCCUAGGUCGAGAGUAAUGGGUGACAUGGUCCUUUUACCUAACGGACAUGUUCUGUUAAUUAACGGCGGUUCGUCAGGCUCUGCUGGUUGGGAGCUAGGUCGUGAACCGGUUUUGAACCCUGAUGUUUAUCAUCCCGAUAAACCGGCCGGUUCGAGAUUUCAAGUUCAGAGCCCUAGUAAUAUACCGAGAAUGUACCAUUCAACCGCCGGUUUACUCCGUGACGGUAGAGUUCUAGUAGGAGGAAGCAAUCCGCACCAGUUUUAUAAUUUCACCGACGUGCUUUUCCCGACGGAGCUGAGGUUAGAGGCUUUCUCUCCGUCGUAUUUGGAGUCUCGGUAUUGGACUAUACGUCCGAGGAUCAUGAGUCCUACGUCACAGUCUACGGUUAGCUACGGUGGAGUCUUGACGCUGAGGUUUAUGGUAUUCGGUAUAGGAAGAGUGCAUGGUCCGGUUAAGGUGACGAUGGUGUUUCCUUCGUUUACUUCUCAUUCCUUCUCGAUGAGUCAGAGGCUUUUGGUUCUUGAUCAUGUUGAGUUAGUGAGGAUAGGAGUGUGGACUUAUGAGGUUAGUGUUAAGGCACCAAAGUCUAAGAACCUUGCACCGCCCGGUUAUUACAUGGCUUUUGUGGUGAACCAAGAUAUACCUAGUGAAGGUGUUUGGGUGAGGUUGCAGUGA